AUGCAGCCAGCAUGGCUGCUCAUCCCAGCCAUCCUCUGCCUGCUGGGCUCUUGCUGCCUCCGGGGCACAGAGACACGGGGUUAUAAAACCAUCCUCAUGGUGACCAACAGAGGCCCCUGGGGCUCUUGGGGGUACCCACAAUUUUGCCCCAGCAGCUACGCUGAGGGAUUUGAAUUGAAGGUGGAGCCCUACCAGGGAUUUUGGCUAUUUGGCGAUGACACGGCUUUGAAUGGCAUCCGCCUGCACUGCUCGGAUGGCACAGUCAUCGAGUCCUCCGUGGGGCAGAGGGGAAAGUGGACUAAGCCCCAGUUCUGCCACCGCAACAAGCUGGUUUCCUUCUUGCUGCGUGUGAAAAAAAGGCAGUUCCUGUUUGAUGACACAGCAGCCAACAAC